AUGGCAAAAGAAAACCCAAAAAAAGAAGUAACUUUUCAAGAAUUAAGCAUUGAUCCUGAAUUUCAAGAAGCCUUUAAGAAAGUAACUGAUUUAAUUAGAUUACGAGAGAUUUAUGUUUGCCAAGAGCCAGUUUCAAACGAGUGCUUUAUGCUAGAAGACUGGACAUCCUCCUGUACCUGCCCAAACAAGAAAACCAUUCAGAUUAAUACCAAAUUUGGCAUAACCGACCGGGCAUUAGGGAAAACCAAAAACAAUUUGUAUAAUCCGGCCCAAGCCAAAAGGAGAAUUAAUAAUCCCUUGACUGACUUAAUAUUUGACGAGUUUAUUCCCUCCCGGGACAUGCGGGAACAAGGCAAAGGCUACCAAAUUAAUGAAGUCAAGCGAUAUAGUGACAUUGAAAAGAAAGAAAUGUACACUUUUAAUAAUUUGGCUUGCUUCUUUAACGGCACAGACAAUACGGAAAUAAUGGUGGAAUUAAACUGA